AUGAAGAGUAAUCUGCGGGUCAGGUAUAACAUCCACUUUAAUCGGAAUCCAUGCGCACUUACUCAUGAAAAAACAAACGAAAAAAUAAAAACAAACGCAAACACAAUAACAAACACAAUAACAAAAACGCAAAAAUGUACAUCGAAAAAGAAACAUCCUUUGUACAAAUGUAAAAAAGAAAAAAGCGAACUGAAAGGGCAUUUACCACGGAAAGACACCACUCAACACAUACAACAUACAGAAGCAGAGAAACAGUCGAAAAAGAACGACAGUUAUGUUAAAAUAUUAAGUAACGAUAAUGUAGAAAGUACACAUUCGAUGAGGAUAUCGAAAGGUAAGGAAGAAACACAUAGCAAAAAUCAGAAAAAGGGAAGCAGAAAAUUUGACUUCAAAAAAUAUUACCAAAGGGUUAACACCUGGCAGGAAAAAAGACGCGCCUAUCCCUCCUACGAAAAGGAAAGGGAAAAAAAUGAUCUACAAAUUGGAGAAAUAAAUGGCCUAAGAAAUGGAAGAACAAAUGGCCUAAGAAAUGGAAGAAUAAAUGGCCUAAGAAAUGGAAGAACAAAUGGCCUAAGAAAUGGAAGAAUAAAUGGCCUAAGAAAUGGAAGAAUAAAUGGCCUAAAAAAAGUGCACAAUAAUUAUGAAUCCAAAAAGAAGGCAAAAAGAAAAUGUGGUCCGUGUGAAAGCUCCUCUUAUCGUCAUAAAAGAAGCAAAGCAAUAGAAAAUAAAUUAAGCGACAAAAUAACUCAAUGUAAUAACAAAAAAAAUAUUACAGAAUUUACAAACAGGACCAUAAACAAUAAGAUAAACACGCUCUGUUAUGAAGAGGACAACCAUAAAAGGGACAACAAGAACGAAAAGGAGGAAGGAACACGUAUCAUAAUGAGGAGUAACAAUAAUUAUGAAAACCAGAUUUUUACAAGUCAAUAUGAGGAUUGUAAUUCACAUAUGAACGGUGCUAGUAAUAUAAAAUUGGUCAAAAGUAAUUAUAAUUAUGACUACGAUGAGAAGAAACACAAUGACGGUUCUUUCCUCAUUAAUCAUCUGAUUAAUAAGGUAAAAAAUAUAUGCAAAGAAGAGGAAGGAAGGAAUCCCAAAGAUGUUCUUCAGAUAAAUUCAAGUGAAACAUUCCUACAAAAUGGAGGGAAAUUAGCAUAUUCGAACAAGACAUUAAUAGACAGUUUUUCCAAUUCGGACAAUUUUGCCAUUUCAAGCCAUUUUUCCAAUUCGGAAAACUUUGACUCAUUCAGACGUUUUUCAAAUAAUCCUACUAUUUUCAUAAACUCCAAUGAAACCAAAUUAUGUAACGUGGGGGGGAAAAGACCAUGUUUUCAUAUACUAGACAAGGAUUCAGUAAAAUUAGGCUAUAAUAAUGUUGAUACAAGAACUGGCACGAUAUCAAACUUUAAUAUGAUGCUACCCCAUCGGGAGAGCAUCAUACAGAGAGUAGAACAAAAGGAAAAUGAGACGAUGAAAAAGCUUAUGGGUGAUGCAUGUGUGCAUGGAGGGGGUGUGAAUUGUGUAGCUAGCUGUGUAAAUUUUCCACAUUUAGAAAAAAAAAGAAAAAAUAAUAAUAGUAAUAGAGAUGGUAAUAGUAACAGUAAUAGUAACAGUAAUAGUAAUAGUAACACUAUUAGUAAUAGUAUUAGUAAUAGUAUUAGUAGUAGAAAUGCUGAUAGUAAUAAUCAUAAUUGUAAUAGCGAUAGUAAUAACAACAAUAAUAGCAAUAAUAGUAACAGUAGUAAUAAUAAUAAUUCAAAGGGAGGUGCUUUCAAGGGGGCUUCUAACUACGAUACGCAUGACAAUUCUAAAGGAUCAGUUAAGACCAGCAUAUAUAAAGAAAGGGGGAAUGCUGUUCCAAAUUGUGAUGUAGGUAACUACGGUAAUACUAACAGUUCAAGUAACGCUAUUUUACAGAUUAAUAGCAAAAUGUGUAAUUAUGAAAAUUUCAAUUUCUUAGAUUACUCAAGCAUUUAUACGAACAAUUCGCACUUAUUACCUAUUAAAAACCCUUUUAAUUAUAUAUUUAAAAGCGUUAAAUUCUUUGACAAUUUUAAAGAGGAAAAUAAAAGAAGAGAAAACAUAAAAAAGGAAAUAGGGAAAAAUUAUUUUAAGACGCUUACUAAUAUGCAUAUGUACAAGAAAAAUGCAAGCACUUUUGCAUGUGAUAACCUAGAUACCUCUUCCACCUUGGUCAUUAAAAAGAACACUCUUAAAAAAGCAAACGCAAUUGUUAUUGAAGGACAAAAAUACUCUAUUUUCCAAAAAUUUAGAGGGGGUUUACAAAAGGAAAGACGUGAUAUGAACGGCCUUACGGAAAACUCUUCCCAAUCUACAAAUUUGAAAAACUCCUUCCACUGUACAAACUUGAGGCCGGAAGACAGACAAAUAUCCGAUCUUAAAGAAAGCGGAGCAGACAGCAGAGUCGAUCAUAUAAAAAGGGAAGAAAAUAAGAUAGAAGAAAUUAAUGAAUCCUCUUGUGAAGAAGAGACAAAUAAUUUGACCACUUCCGUAGGCAUAAACGAGAUAGAAGUAGAAAUGAAAGUAGAGAAGGAAGUAAAGACGGACAUAGAGACAGAAGCAGAGACAGAAGCAGAGACAGAAGUGGAGAAAGAAGUAGAAACAGAAAUAGAAAUAGCAAGCGUAACAGAAUUAGAAAUGAAAAAAACACAAAUAGAGGGAGAAGUCGAGGGAGAGCAACCAAAUUGCAGCAGCAGUUUCAGAAAUGCCAACUUGGACAGAGACUUGUGGAGCUUAAACAGACACAAAAAACUUCUUCACGUAGUAGAGAAAGAGAUGAGCAAUAAUUUCGAUAUGUUUUUAUGCUUAUUUAUAAAGUAUGAAAAGAGAGAAUCUUAUCUUCUUUGUUUAAUUAUUGACGAAGAGUUAACACAGCAUUCUUUUUUUUACCAAAAUUAUAUAAAACCAAUGUUCGAUGAAUAUAAAAAGUCGAAAUAUAAAAAAUUACAAAAAGGAAAUAUCAACUCAACAUGCACAAACUUUAAGGAUGUACAUGUAAAUAAAAUAAUUAUUGAAAUUUUGAUUCCUUCGAUAAAGAAAAACUACUUAAAACAUCUAAGGGAAUUAUAUCAAAAAAUGGAAAUAAAAAAAAAUUAUAUUAACACAUCAGACGAAUUACAAAAAGAAUUUAUAGAAAUAAAUAAAAAAAUACAAAAUUGCGUUAUAAAAUCUGUUGAUACAUAUGGGAAAAAAUUAUCGUUUACCACAACUAAUCAUUAUGAAAAAAAAAUUAAAUUAAUUCAAAAACCUAGAUGGUGCAAUGCGGAAAAUUUAAAAAAACUAUUAGAAAAACAGCAAAAUUAUAACCCUUUUACUAUAUUUGGUACAAGUAUAAAACAAGUAAAUUUAGAAGAAGUAUUCACUUUAGAUAUUUACAAUAACUAUGUAACAAAUGAAGAUAGGUUCCGUAAUAAAAUUUUAUACGAAUUACAUGUGGGAGAUUAUAUACAUAAUUUAUACCAUAAAAUAUAUAAUCACGAGUGGAAUUUUACUAUUGAUACUUUAAAAAAAUAUUGGAAUUUUUUUACAAGUCUUGAAUGUAAUAUGUUCUUAGACCCAUUAUUAUUAGAAGAAAUAUUAUGGUAUAUAGAUAAUAAUAAAAUGUAUAAAGAUAAAAGUAAAGAUGUCUAUAUUUAUGAAAGUUGUUUUUGUCCUACACCUGACCCUGAUAAAGAAAUGAAUAUAAAUGAUGUCAAACAUUUUACUAGAUCUAUGGCUAAAAAAUAUACUUCUCAUAAAGUUAUGAAAUAUAAAAAAUCAUCAUUUAAUGAUGAAAGUGUAUAUACUAAUAGAAACUUAAUUUUAAAAUAUGAUGACAUGAAUAAAGAUCAAAAUAUAAUUUCCUACCCUUACAGAAGUAGCCAAAUGCUAACAGACGACAAUGUCCUUUUCAAUAUUCCUAGACCAUCUAGUGCUUUUUACUACAACCCAGACUUUUUUAAUUAUAAAGUAAAAAAGUUUAUAUUCAGAAAUAUGGGGAAGAAUUAUACCAAUUAUAAUGUAGACUCUCCUAUAUACAAAUCGACAAAGUGGACUUCUCAAAAAAUUUUUGAUAACUUUUUUUUUAAUUAUUACCUAUAUAAUUUAAACAGACGUAACCGAAAAUACGGUUCCUCAGUUUAG